UUUCUCUUGAUUUUGUGGAUCCUUUGAAUAUCAAAAUCAAGUUUGCUACCCUAUCACCUAUGAUUGAUGAUACCAAAAAUAGAACACCCCCACAAAUACAUGUGACUUGGUCAACACAACAAAUCCCUUAAACCUAUAUCAACUCCAAAAUUAUCUAACCAACUUCAACUAUUUCCAUGCAAACUCUAUUCUUAGAAUCCAACACCAAUUUGUGGCAAAACAACAUCAUCACCAAUCUUCUCUCUCUCCACAUUACCAACAUCCCAAAAAACACAAAAACACACAAAACAAAACAUCAUGACACACCACUCGUUCUCUUACACCACCAAAAAACCUAAAACAACAAAACAACAGAAAAAAAACAACAUUAACCUCUCCGACCAACGGUCUCCAAACAUCCUCGGCAGCUGGCAAAACAACCAAUGGCCACUGCUGCCAACAGCAUCCUCCUCCUCCUCCUCUUUCUCUCCUUUCUUUCUCUCUCCACCGCACAACCAUCACCUUCAGAAACACAAGCCCUCCUUAAACUAAAACAAUCUUUAAUAAACUCAGACAAAAUCUUGUCAACAUGGAUACCAAACGUCUCUCCAUGUUCCGGUACGUGGAUCGGUGUUAUUUGCUUCGACAAUGUCAUCACAGGCCUUCAUCUCUCAGACCUUCAACUUUCUGGGACAAUAGACGUCGACGCCAUUGUCGAGAUACGUGGCUUAAGAACCCUCAGUUUCGUCAACAACUCCUUCACCGGUCCUAUUCCACAGUUCCACAAACUUGGCGCCAUAAAAUCUCUUCUCCUCCAACAAAACCAAUUCUCUGGUCCUAUUCCUGGAGAUUUCUUCUCCCAGUUAACCUCCUUGAAGAAAGUAUGGCUGUCAGGAAAUAAAUUCUCUGGCAACAUUCCGCCUUCGUUAACAGAACUUGAUCUUCUCAAAGAGCUUCACCUCGAAGGGAAUGAAUUCUCCGGUCAGCUUCCGAGUCUUAAACAAGAUAUGAAAUCAUUUGAUGUGUCGAAUAACAAGUUAGAAGGUCCGAUUCCCGAAAGUCUCGUGAGAUUCGGGCCGGUUUCUUUUGCUGGAAAUGAAGGACUAUGUGGAAAACCGUUGGAAAAACAAUGUGAUAGUCCAUCUUCUGAAUAUACGCUACCAGAUUCUAAAACAGAAAGUUCCAGCUCGAGUUGGGUGCCUCAAGUGAUAGGACUUGUGAUUAUGGCAGUUAUAAUGGCGGUUAUAUUUCUGUUUGUGAAGUCGAGGCAGCGGAAAAGAGAAGAUGAUUUUAGCGUGGUGAGCCGAGACAGCAUUAAAUCAUUGUUACAGGUGCGCGUGCCGAUAAGUAGAGCUUCAUCUGCAUCAGAGAGAGUUGGGAGAAGGAACGUGGGAGAAUCUUCGAAAAAAGGAGGAAUGGGGGGUGGGAGUAGAAAUGGAAUAGGUGAUAUUGUGAUGGUGAAUGAUGAGAAGGGUUCAUUUGGUUUACAAGAUUUGAUGAAAGCUGCGGCAGAGGUUUUGGGGAACGGUGGAUUGGGAUCGGCUUAUAAGGCCGCGAUGGCGACCGGAUUGAGUGUGGUGGUGAAGAGAAUGAGGGAGAUGAAUAAAAUUGGGAAAGAUGUGUUUGAUGCUGAGAUGAGACAGUUUGGGAGGAUUAGACAUGCUAAUAUUUUGACUCCUUUGGCUUAUCAUUAUCGUCGAGAGGAAAAGCUUUUUGUUACUGAGUAUAAGCCUAAAGGAAGCUUGUUAUAUGUCUUGCACGGUGACAGAGGAAUGUCCCAUGCUGAGUUAACUUGGCCGAACCGUUUAAAGAUUGCUAAAGGAAUUGCAAGAGGGUUAAGCUUCCUUUACACUGAAUUUUCAACCUAUGACUUACCUCAUGGAAACCUCAAAUCAAGCAAUGUUCUACUAACUGAUGAUUAUGAGCCUCUUUUAAGUGACUAUGCUUUUCAACCACUAAUCAACCCUAGCAUUGCAGUGCAAUCAAUGUUUGCAUACAAAACACCGGAUUACGUUCAAAACCAAAAGCUUUCGCAGAAAGCCGAUGUUUAUUGUCUCGGAAUCAUCAUUCUUGAACUCAUUACAGGAAAAUUCCCUUCUCAGUAUCAUAGUAACGGUAAAGGUGGAACCGAUGUUGUUCAAUGGGUCCUCACAGCAAUUUCUGAGAGAAGAGAAGCUGAAUUGAUUGAUCCUGAGUUAAAAAAUAAUGCAUCAAAUAAAACAAGUAAUAUGCUGCAACUUCUCCUUAUUGGUGCUGCUUGUACUGAAAGCAAUCCGGAACAAAGACUACACAUGAAGGAAGCUAUUAGAAGGAUAGAGGAAGCACAACUCUAAAGAUCAUGUUAAUAAAGAUAGCUUAGUUCAAAGUUUCUUUUGUAGGUGAUGGUUGGUGGAAAAUUGGAAAUAUUACCUAGCUGCACCAACACUUCAGAAUGAAGGUGUGUUUGGUGUUUGAAACGACACAAACACAUGUAGUUAUAUUCAGUUUCUUCCAGUUUUCAAAUUAUUAUCAAUGUCAACGUGUCACUGUCGUGUUCAGUGUUUGUGCUUCAUAUUCAGAGAAGAAGGGAGAAAGAAAAAAGGUUGAAAGAUUGAAUUUGGAUAGUUUCAUAAAGAAUUGUGAUUUAUGAGAAGGGUAUCAUGAUAUCAGUGUAUAAAUCAUGAAACUGAAACCAUAUUUCAAGAGGAGCUGAAAUAUGAAUCAAUCUCAAGUCCAUGCUUAGCCUCAUAUGCUGAUAUUAUUGGCCCUUGCAAAGUAUGUGCAAAAGAAAGAAAGAAAAACCAUUUUAGGACAGCAUUUUUAAAGUUUGUAAAAACCAUUUUAGGAUUUUUUUUUUUGUAGUUUUUGUCUUGUUAUGUGUAUCAAAUAUAGGAGAUUUAUUCUGUUCGUAAUAUAAUGUACUCUUUAAUCUCACUCCCCCAUUCAAUUGUACUUUCUUGUGUAAAAUUAAUUUAUAUUAGGCAAUACAACACUAGCUGCUAUAUGAACAAUUGAUUCUCAGGCUCUUUUAUUUACUUUAUGUAAUUUAUUUUGGCAUUGUUAAAUAUCAAUUGGGGGUGAGUUAUAUCAUUAUUCACCAUCAGAUGCUGUAUUCUGAUUCCAUUUUUCUCUUCCAAGUAUUAAGACAUUAUAAACAAAACACAAUAAGA